GGAGAUGCCGUAGCUCCAUGUAUGUCUCUUCUUGCAGCCAUCAUGAAGCCAGCCAGUAGCUCUGCAAUGAAGAUUCUUUCGGGCUGAUUUCCGUGCCGUUUUCUUCUUUUUGAUUUUGAUUUUCCCUAGUGGGAGUUUCCGCGGGUGUUGCAGAGAUGAUUCGACGAAAAAGCAAAAACGAGACGAGGCGGCGAUUGCGUUUGUGGGGGGAAUUAGAGAUCUGGCAACAGGAAGACAACCACUAUAUUGAGACGGGGUACAGAGCAGCUUCAGGAUCCCUUAUAGAAUGCUUACACAGCUGGUCGUACGUCCAUAAUGAAACUGUCAACGUAUACACACAUUUACUAGGGGCUGCCAUCUUUCUGGCUCUCCCCUCCUUUAUCUUCAAGAAAGAAAUUCCGGCUCGUUAUGCUAUAGCUACGCAAGCAGACGUAGCCGUUUGCUCGAUAUACUUUUUAGGCGUAGCAAUAUGCUUCUGUUUGUCCGCAACGUAUCACACAGUGAUGAAUCAUAGCCAAAAGAUGGGUGUCUUUGGUGCACAACUUGACUUUCAAGGAGUGAUUCUACUUAUGUGGGGCGCCACAGUUCCCCUCCUAUACUAUGGUUUCUACUGUGACUUCGCCUUGCAAAGAACGUACUCGACACUACUCUCAGUGCUGGCAGUAACAUGUUCCAUGUCGACUUUCCAGCCACGAUUCUGUGACCCAUAUCUUCGUCCCGUACGAGCGGCGACUUUCGGCAGCCUGGCUAUUUUCACCAUGGUCCCAGUUGUACAUGGAAUAUACAAAUAUGGCUGGGACAUUCAAAGUCAGCGGAUGGGUGUUGUGUGGGUUGUCAUAACACUUGUAUUGAAUGUCUCUGGCGCCACGGCCUAUGCUUUUAAGAUGCCUGAGAGAUGGUGUAGGAGAAGAUUCGAUAUUCUCGGUGCGAGCCAUCAAAUUUUCCACCUGAUGGUAGUCCUGGCAGCGCUCACUUACACCCAAGGAAUCCUUCAAGCCUUUGACUUUGUUCAUGAGUAUGAUCACACCUGCGGGCUUCAAAGCAUAGGAUGACGCGGACUUCGAGUCAUUGCUACGCCAUGUCUUCGCGAGGAAGGUGUCAUAGAGCAUAAUGUGAUUAGAGAAUUUGUUUGUAAGGGUGAUGAUACAGCUGUAUGUGGAACCAAAGUACCGUGCCCAAGAUAAAUUAGGUUUCACGCAAAUAGAUCCAAGCGUGCUCAGCCUCGUUAUUACCACG